UCGAACGUUUCCUUACCGAUCGUCCCAAGUCGAUGACAGCGACACCAUAUAGAAAUCGAAGCACCAAUACUUCUCCUCUCUUUCGUGAUUCUUUUGGUUUUCUUUUCUCUUGGGUUUACAGCGGUGGGAUCCAGUGACGGAGCUAUUCUGGCGGUGGUUAGUCAAUGAGCGCGAGAGUCGUUGGGAGACGAUUACUGCUACUGUCGGGGCUACAUUAUGAGCGCAUUCAAAGUUUCCUACCGUCUCUCCCCUCUUUUUCACGACCUCCUCUUUAUCUCUUCAAGAUCCUCCCCGUUAUCGCUACUCCAAUCUCGCCUCUUCUCAGGCUUAUAGUCAACCUGAGCACUUCAUCAUCAAAAUCAGAUGGACCUUUGACCUCUUCAAUUGUUUCACUGAACGAAUCAGAAAUUCUUUGGUCGUUUGUCUUCUGCUCUAGACAGAUUAUAGAUGAACAGUUCCACAUUUACGCCCUCUAUCAGCAGGUUAAACAGGUGAAGGAAGGGUGCACAGCUUCAGGUUCUGCUGAGGUUGUCAAUGGAUCAAGAUACCUUCAUGGUGCUCGGGUAGGGAUUGUGGCUAAACCUUCUGCUGAGUUUGUUGGGGCAAUCCUUGGUACAUGGCUCCGUGGAGGAGUGGCAGUUCCUCUCGCUAUAAGCUAUCCAGAAUCAGAGCUUUUGCAUGUGAUGAAUGAUUCAGAUGUAUCCAUGAUACUGAGCACUCCAGAGCAUCAAGAAACCAUGGAGAAUGUGGCUGCUAAAUGCUCUGCUAAAGUUUCACUAAUUCCAACGGUCACCAGUAUGCCAUCAAACAAUAUGUUCAGUGAACAUUCAGGGGAAGAAGCUAUUGGUUUGGUUGUUGAGUUGAUAAGGGAAAUUGAGGAUUCAUGCAUGAUUAAAGGAGAUGAUCCUGCUCUGAUUCUUUACACGAGUGGUACAACGGGUAAACCUAAAGGUGUUGUCCACACACACAAGAGCAUAAUUGCUCAGGUCCAAAUUCUGUCUGAGGCUUGGGAAUAUACAAAUAACGAUCAGUUUCUGCAUUGUCUACCCUUGCACCAUGUUCAUGGUCUCUUCAAUGCUUUAUUGGCGCCUCUAUAUGCGGGAUCAGUGGUUGAGUUCAUGCCAAAAUUUAGCGUACGAGGUGUGUGGCAGAGAUGGCGUGAUUCAUACCCUAAAGAUGGAAACAAAGCAGCUGAUGCGAUUACCUUAUUUACAGGAGUUCCAACUAUGUAUACUAGACUGCUGCAAGGAUAUCAAACUAUGGAUUCUGAUCUACAAAAGGCCUGUGCAUCUGCAGCAAAUCAAUUGCGUCUCAUGAUGUGUGGGUCUUCAGCUCUUCCAUUUCCCGUUAUGAAGCAAUGGGAAGAGAUAACAGGUCAUCGCCUUUUAGAACGUUAUGGCAUGACUGAGUUUGUGAUGGCAAUAUCCAAUCCCUUGCAUGGUGUACGAAAAGGAGGCACUGUCGGGAAACCUCUUCCUCGAGUAGAGGUGAAGAUUCUUGCAGAAGAUGGUAGUGAAGUUGGCACAAGGGGAGUGGGAGAGCUUUGUGUUAGAAGUCCCUCUCUGUUCAAGGAAUAUUGGAAACUGCCUAAGGUAACAGAGGAAUCCUUUACUGAUGAUGGAUUCUUCAAGACUGGAGAUACAGUCACAACAGAUGAAGAUGGAUACUACGUAAUUUUGGGGCGUACUAAUGCUGAUAUUAUGAAAGUUGGUGGUUAUAAGCUGUCAGCACUAGAAAUUGAAGCAAUACUUUUAGAGCACAAGGCAGUGUCAGAAUGUUGCAUUCUGGGCUUACUGGAUGAGGAUUAUGGGGAAAUUGUAUGUGCUAUAAUUGCGCCUCAUGCAGAUGCAAGAAGUAGUGCAGAGCAAGAACAAAAGCCAGCAAUAACCCUAGAAGAUCUACGAAGUUGGUCCAAGGAUAAACUAGCUCCAUAUAAGAUCCCGACAAAGUUGUUUCUGUGGGAUUCUCUUCCUCGAAAUGCCAUGGGAAAGGUGAACAAGAAGGAGAUCAAAAAAUUACUGGAACAACAACCAUAAUUUAAGUUACAAAUUAACAGUGGCAUUUAUGGCUGAUCAAAAAAUUAGCAGCCCCAUUAGGUUAGCAAGAUCAUUUUCUUCAAUGAAAUCUUCUUUCCCAUCGAGGCACAAUUUGGAUCGUGGUACUUUUAUCUCUAUUUAUUACAGUGGCUUUAAACGUGUACCCGUCGGUCAUUGGAUUAUGUGACAAGUGGUAAAUGUUGUCUCCAAUCAAGUAUGAUGCAACUGUAGCGAGCAUUGCAAUGGUAGAUUUGAAUGGUGAUGUAAAAGUUCAGUACAACUGUCUCACCAUAGCGUCUGCGUGCCAUUGGUGAUCAGGGUUAAAUUUCUUCAUUGACGGAAAAUGUUGAAUGAUCUUGUCCUGCUUUGAUCCAUGUUUAAUAAAAUUUUGAGAUUCUUGAUCGA